AUGUUUAGCACCAGCAGCAGCUCCUCGCCAACGUCAAAAUCCACCACAAACGAACAACCUGCAUCCACAUACACACCCGCAUCCUCCCCCCUCCCCCCUCCUCAUCCAAAACGCGCCUUCCUCUUCGAAGAGCAGUCCCACCUCAAAACCCUCUGCGCCAAAAGCGACGCGCGCUGCUACGCCGGCCAACGCCCCUACACCUACCUCGAGCUCACGGUCUUAAUGAACCAGAAGAUCAAGAGCACGUACGCCGUGAACUUCUCCAUUUGGCUUUUCGGGGUGCAGGACAUUGUCGAUGAGAUUGCAGCCGAGUGGCAGUGGUACGGGCGGGAAGGCCAGCCGGCUGAGACGGAGGUAGGACUCGGGGAGUUGGUGAGGUCGCGAGAAUGGUGGUGGUGGCCGAGUCCGAGUGUGGUGACUGGGAGCCCUAGUACGACGGCUGGGUAG